CUGAGCAGUAGCCAGUUGAGAGGAGGGAGUUGUCUAGUGCAGAUCACUGCUGCUGUUGCUCUACCUCUCACCAUCCUUUGCGUCAUAACUGUUGCACCAUAUAUUAUGGGCCUUCCCAGUGUGCUAAUAACCUUGCAGUUGAAUCACCGUAAGCAAAAACAAAGACUACCUUCUGUGAUAAAACACGUCAUAUCUGUUGCUCCAGGGUAUGACAAGCCUACUAUGCUUACGUUUGUGUAAUAAAGUCCUACGUACUGUGACAAUACAUAUCUACUGCGCUAGUGUAAAAUAGGUCUAUCUACUGAGAUAAAGUGCAUAUCUGCUGCGGUGUUAUACAAGGCUGCCCUUUUUGCUCCAGUGAAUCUUACCUACAGCACCAUUAUUUUAGACCCUCUCUCUUGCGACAAAAUACAUUAUACCUUAUACGGAACUGUAUUAUAGGCAUACCUAAUGUGACAGUGUAUAAUAGGCCUACUUACUGCAACACAGUACAUCUUACCUUCUGCGCCAGUGCAUUUGGAAAAAGUGUAUCGUACUUUCUGUGCCAGAUUUCCAUUGCUCUGUCAGUGACCUAGACUUUCAUUUGAAAUAUCUUAAGCUGAAUAAUUGGGAAAAAUCAUAUAUCUAUAUUUAUUUAAAAAAAAAACAAAAUGAGUGACUUAAAAUAUAUUAUGUUACACCUGGCCUCAAUGGUUGUGAUUGUGCACGGUCAUCGUGAUUUUCCUGGCGUUGCUAAUAGAUGUUUCCUUCCCCCAGAAAAAGGGAUUUGCCGAGCUUUCAUUCCUUCUUUCUUCUACAAUUCGGAGACAAGAGCUUGUGACUGCUUUGUGUAUGGUGGGUGUUUGGGCAAUGAUAACAGGUUCGACACACUAGAUGAUUGUCUGAAAACUUGUGGCGUUAUACCCAGUCUGCAGGAAAAUACUGAAGAAUGUGAUAACAUCCUAGGAAGUCUAAAUCCACUGGCGAAGAAAGAGGUAUUGGAUGCUAUAAAGUCUUCGUCUCAGGUUCCGCUUCUUCAGCAGACGCUAUCAGAUCCUCAGCAACAGCCCGUGUUACAAACUCAGCAGCCUUUCCAACAAAUUAAUCAGCCUUUGCCGCUACCCCAGAAGCCUUUGCCACAAGCCCAGAGGCCUUUGCAACAUGUUAAGCAACCUUUGCUACAAACCCAACAACAUUUGCUACAAACCCAGCAACAUUUGCUACAAACCCAGCAACAUUUGCUACAAACCCAGCACCCUUUGCUACAAACCCAGCACCCUUUGCUACAAACCCAGCACCCUUUGCUACAAACCCAGCACCCUUUGCUACAAACCCAGCACCCUUUGCUACAAACCCAGCACCCUUUGCUACAAACCCAGCACCCUUUGCUACAAACCCAGCACCCUUUACCACAAGCUGUCCAGCCGCAAAUAUCAGAGCACUGGCUACAAGGUCAACUGGUUCCAGUCAUAGUAACAACGGGUAAGGAGAACUGGUCCAGGAAGGUGCAGAGUCAAGUGACCACUGGUAUUAACAGCCUCUUAGGUACCCUCUACGUGGGACAGCCAGUUGUCAUCAAUUAUUUACGUGAUGACCAGACAACGUCUUGCUAACUCCAUUACUCAAAAAGACAUUCACCCCAUAAAUAUUAUACAUUACCAAAUCGCGUGAACAAGGAUCAGAUUUUAUGUAUAUUUUUUGUUAUAUUUUUAAACUGAUGUAUAAGAAUGUUGCAAAUUACUUAUGGUAUGUUACCAAGGUUCUAUAUUUAGUUUCAAUUCUCCAUAUCUAGAAUCAUUCUAUAUAUGAAUUUUUUACACAAUAUUAAAAGACCAUUCUCGCGAACAGUGUCAGUUAAUUUAUUUUGAAAAAUGUGUAAAGUACAUAAAUACCAACAUGCAUCAUAAUUCUGUAUAAUGCAGUAGCUAAAUAUGGAGUUGUUACAUUUACAAUGUUUAUCUGACGAUACACUCAAUAUUAAUCUUUUUUAUGAGAAAUACUUCAAUAUGUAAUACAAACCACAUCCGGUUUAUCUGAAUAAGAUGUGUAGGUUAAUAAGUUUAUAUAUAAUAUACAUAUAUGUAAAGGCAGAUUAACCUACGACGGUGGUGUAUAUACACCGAGAGAUGUAUAUAAUUGUAUAUACAUUGACGUGUAUAUACUUCAUUAUAUACCUUAGUGUAAAUGAACUAUGAAGUGUAUAUACUUCAGUGUAUACACAGAGGUUUAUAAACUUCAGUGUAUAUACAGCGAGUACUUUAAUCUCUUAGGAAUUAAAGUAUCCUCGACUAGCAGUGUACCAGUGAGAGGCAGUCUUCCUGACCUUCGUUACCACAGCAAUCUGUUUAGCUAUCAUAACUUUGGUCCCAGUCCCUGGACCCAUUAUGUGCUUUUGUAAUCUUUUUGACCACCGCCCACAGGAUGGGUAUGUGGU